CCUCUGCGAAUUUGUGCCAAUUGGGCCGACACGAAGAAGAAGAAGAAGAAGAAGAAGAAGAAGAAGAAGAAGAAGAAGAAGAAUUGGGUAUUGUCCGAUUUCGGCGAGGGAGUGGGAAAAUGCUGAAGACGAAGUACAAGCGAUUACAGGGAAGUCAAACCCUAAGGCAACGAUUGGUACUCGCAACGCUUUCCCGCACCUCUGUUCUGAUCGAGGACAUUAGAGCCGACGAGACCUUCCCAGGCCUUCGACCGCACGAGGUCUCCUUCCUCCGCUUGCUCGAGAAGGUCUCCGAUGACUGCACCAUCGAAAUCAAUGAAACCGGCACAAAAUUGAAGUACAAGCCUGGGAUUGUGAUGGGUGGUCGACACUUGGUGCACGAUUGCGGUGUUAGUCGCUCCCUUGGCUAUUUCCUUGAGCCCUUGAUUCUUCUUGCUUUGUUCGCUAGGAAACCCCUCACCAUUAAGCUCAAAGGUAUUACAAAUGAUUCGAAGGAUCCAUCAGUUGAUACUUUCAAAUCUACGACGUUGCCCAUGUUAAAGCACUUUGGAGUUGAUCUAAAAGAAGUAGAUUUGAAAAUAGAAGGUCGGGGAGUACCACCUCAUGGUGGUGGAGAAGUGACUUUGACCAUGCCAACAGUUAAAAGUUUAUCAGCAGUAUCUUGGACUGAUGAAGGAAUGGUCAAGAGAAUUAGAGGGGUUACAUUUUCAACUAGAGUCUCGUCUCAGUUCGAGCAUGCUAUGAUAACUGCAGCUCGUGGUGUGUUUAAUCGUCUGCUUCCAGAUGUGCACAUAUUCACUGAUCAUAGAAAGGGAUCUCUAGCUGGAAAUUCACCUGGGUUUGGCAUUUCACUGGUUGCGGAAACUACAAGCGGUUGUUUGAUGUCUGCGGAUACUACUGUUUCAUAUGGACAUGCUGAAGAAACAACUGAGUUUGAAGAAGAGAAGAAACAGCUUUCACCUCCUGCAGACAUUGGUGAACAGAUGGCUUUUGCUCUGCUUGGUGAGAUCGAACAAGGCGGUGUAGUUGACUCGACACACCAGGGAUUGUUGUUCCUUCUAUGUGCAUUGUGCCCCGAGGAUGUUUCAAAGGUUCGGGUUGGAAAGCUCACUCCAUACGGGAUAGAAACUCUCAGAAACAUAUUAGAAUUUUUGGGCGUAAUGUUUAAAAUUACGCCAGAACCUUCCAACGGUACCGUCGAACUGUUAUGUGUUGGUUCUGGGAUGUAUAAUCUAUCCAGGAAGCACUCUUGAUUGCCGAAAAAGAUGCAAGAACAACUCAAGCCUGAAAGGAACGCGUUCACUUUGUACACCGGGCAGUAUGUUUACUCGAUGGGCAACAAUCGGUCCAUCUUGGUUUAAGAUUGUACAUUCAGGAGAUGAACUCUAGAUUGUGGAAGGGAAAAUCAGAUAUAAUAUAUGACCAACUGAGGAUUAUAGAAAGGCUGGAUUUUUGGGGUCUGGCAAGGGGAAGUGAUGUUUUUUGAUGAGAGAUAUGAUUACUAUGUAUUUUUGUUUUGGCAUUGGAAUCAAAGUUGAUAGCAAAGUGUCAUUAUUCUUUAUUCU